AUGGCGGACUCUAUAGACAGGGUGUUCGGACACGCUCUCAUCACCGUGAACAAAAUAAGACCAGGCUCACAAAAGCCGCCCAGUGCCGAUCGACUUGCACUGUAUGGACUGUACAAACAGUCUAUGGAAGGCGAUGUAGCGCAUAUCGCCGACCGACCAUCAUCAUCGCCCAGUACACCAAAUGAUCAGCUGAAGAAAGAGCAAGAGCAGUGGGAUGCUUGGAAGGCGAACGAAGGGCUGAGUAGGACCGAGGCCAAGAGGCGAUACAUCGAGAGGCUCAUCUCGACGAUGCACAAGUACGCUUCCACGACGCCAGAGGCGCGAGAGCUUGUGGAAGAGCUGGAGUUUGUGUGGGACCAGAUAAAGAACAAUUCGCAACAUUCGAGCUCAGAGCAUUCAUCGCCCUUGCAGACCAUCGAGAGAAGGGACUACAUGCAUUCUGGCGGGAGCUCGGGAAACAAUGGCGGAGCCAGUGCAUCAGCUGCUGCUCUCGAGAGUGGCGGCAAGGACAGCAAUAAAGGACUGCGAGUGCUGUCGCCGCAGUCGGAGGCUGAUGAAGAUGAGGCAGCAGAGGAUGAGCGGGAAGAGUUCGUUGACGCGCCAAUAUCGCAGAUUGACGAGGCUGAUCUGCAAGAGCCCUCAGAGCCUGGGAACGACGGCUCAUCCCCAGACCGGUUCCUUGCGCCACGUCGACCUAUCCCUUCGGCGUCGGAGAACCGCUGGAGGAGACGAAUGGAGUCAUCAUUGAUCAAGCUUACGACGGAGAUCACAGCCUUGCGCGAGCAGCUCGAAUCGAGGCGAUGGCUCAACUACCAGCGGAAACACAGCUGGCUGGGGUGGGUCGCGAGGUUGAGUUGGUGGGCUGUUCAGCUUGUGGUGGCAGAUGCUGUCAUACUCUGGAUCGUGAUACUGUAUAUGAGACGGAAGCAAGACCGAAGACUGGAAGGCGCUGUGCGGGUUUUGCUUGGAGAUGCCGUUGCACAGGUGCAGAAUCUGGGAACACAAGUGAAGAUACCCGCAAUGCCGCGCAUAAGGAAGCCGAAAGAGUGA